AGAAGAAUGAACCACUUGGCGGGAUACAAUUGCAACGAACAUGUACAAUGACUGGCUAGUUUCGCGUUAAACAAUAUUUUCAAUAUGUUGCUUGUUGUUCAGUUUACUUGUUUAGUUUAAUUUAUUUGUUUUCCAUGAAUAGAAAAUGUAUUUGUGUUGUAAGACUCGUUACAUUUGGUGCACUGUACUUAUUUAAUUGCAUGUUUAUUUGUAAGACUUGCUUUUUCUUAACAUUUUGACGUCAAAAAAUUCAGGAAUCAUGGAAUCUAAUGCUUGUUCGAAAAAAGGUACAAUUAAUAAGAAUGGUGUCAUCAAUAACAGACGUAGUUGGACAGUUGUUGAAGAGCAGACUUUAAUAUUAGGGUUGAAAGAUAUUGUUUCGAGAGGAUGGAAAUGUGAAAACGGUUUUAAAACUGGGUUUCUAGGAACUCUUGAACAAUAUAUGGUACAAAAAUUCCCCGGUACCGACCUCAAAGCAACCCCACAUAUCCAUUCUAAGAUACACGUGUGGAAAAAACAUUAUGCAUCGUUAAGCACAAUGUUAUCGAAGUCGGGAUUUGGCUGGAAUGAAACAAACAAUACCAUUGAAGUCAUUGACGAACAAGUUUGGCAAGAGUACGUAAAGACGGAUGCUAAUGCCCGUUCCAUGAGGUACAAGUCAUGGCCAUUUUACAAAGACUGGACUACGGGGAAAAGAAAUUACCCCCUUUGA